AUGACCACGAAUAUUCCAACGAAUGCCAAUGAAUCAUGUGUGGGUCCACAAUCUGACGAAGCCGGUAAAGCCACUGGAUGUGCUGGUUGUCCGAAUCAAAGUGUCUGUUCAUCAGGUGCUGGUCGUGUAUUUGAUCCUGCAAUUUCCCAUGUAAAACAACGAUUGGCGGGUAUAAAACAUAAACUUUUAGUCUUAUCGGGAAAAGGAGGGGUGGGUAAAAGUACCAUCGCUUGUCAAUUGGCAUUUGCAUUGGCUGGAAAAGGGUAUCAAGUGGGACUAUUAGAUGUGGACAUAACAGGGCCAAGUGUCCCACGAAUGCUGGGGUUAAUAGGUCAAGAAGUCCAUCAGAGUGCAGCUGGAUGGUCGCCUGUUUAUGUCGAAGAGAAUCUCGGGGUUAUGUCGAUUGGAUUCAUGUUGCCUCAUGCGGAUGACGCAAUCAUUUGGCGUGGACCAAAGAAAAGUGGCAUUAUCAAGCAAUUUCUCGUGGAUGUUCAAUGGGGUGACCUUGAUUACCUCAUCAUUGAUACACCACCGGGUACAUCGGAUGAACAUAUCAGUCUUGUUCAGUACAUGAAAGAGGCAGAUUUAGAUGGAGCUGUGGUUGUUACGACUCCACAAGAAGUGGCACUUAGUGACGUGCGAAAGGAACUGAAUUUCUGUCAAAAGACCAAGAUUCAUGUCCUUGGAGUUGUGGAAAACAUGAGUGGCAUCCAACGGUCACUUCAAGAUGUUCAGUUUCUAAAUGGUGCUGGGAAGAACGAGACGGAGACUUUUAUCAAGCUAUUGCAAGAGAAGGCGCCAGAGUUAUUGCAGUAUUCAGUACAGAUGGAAGUCUUUCCUGUUUCAAAUGGUGGUGGUGAAGCAAUGACUAAGAAAUUCAAUGUUCCUUUUCUUGGACGUUUGCCAUUGGAUAACAAGAUGACGGGUGCGUGUGAAGAGGGCGUGUCGUUUCUAGACGAGUACCCGGAUGCCGUCGCAGCCCCGGCCUUUAGCAAAAUUGUGCAAGAUAUCAUUGCGUCCGUCGAAAAAUAG